GUUAAGUAGCACUUGGCUUGAGUACGGCUCAAAGCAGCUGCAGGGUAGGCCCAUAAAUCUGAGCGCCACAGCCUUCGCUGCUGUCUCCUCGUUUAUGCCUCCUCCAAACUAAUGUCAAGACGUUGGGAAAAAUCCGGGGGACAUCUAGCAGAGAUAGAGCCGAAGAGCGAGGAGAUCUAGCCAGAUGGCAACUGCGAAUGAAUGGAUGAAGAAGGGUCCCUUAGAAUGGCAGGAUUACACUUACAAAGAAGUCAGAGUGACAGCGAGUGAAAAGGAGUAUAAAGGAUGGGUUUUAACCACAGACCCAGUCUCUGCCAAUAUUGUCCUCGUGAACUUCCUUGAAGAUGGCAGCAUGUCUGUGACCGGAAUUAUGGGACAUGCUGUGCAGACUGUUGAAACUGUGAAUGAAGGGGACCAUGGGGUGAGAGAGAAGCUGAUGCGUUUGUUCACGUCUGGAGACUGCCCGGCACACAACCUUGAGGAUCUGGAAAAGAGAAAGAACAGCCUAAAGAAGUGGCUCGAGAAGAAUCACAUCCCUGUCACUGAACAAGGAAAUGCACCAAAGACUCUCUGUGUGGCUGGGGUCCUGACUAUAGACCCACCGUAUGCUCCAGAGAAUUGCAGCAGCUCUAAUGAGAUUAUUCUGUCCCGUGUGCAGGAUCUUAUUCAAGGACAUCUUGCAGUUUCACAAUGAGUGGCCAAGAACUAUGGAUGCGUUGAAAUACGACUUAUUUUUCCUUUCUUCAUACAAUGUUUUGAAUGUUAAGGCCAUCAUAUUACAGGACUUUAAAAGCACACAAGUGUGUAUGUGAAUUUUAAUUUGUUGUCUUGGUAAAAUCAAAGAUGUAGAUUACGAGUGCUAAUAAAUAGUGAACUGUGACAAGGAUAAUACCACAUGCAACAAAAUUAGCACAGGGACAUCAGAACUUAAGUCUUUUCUUUUGAUGGAGAUAUACAUCCAUUUUGUUAGGCAAGAAAUAUAUUUGGAAAAAUCACAACAUGUUACAUUCAGUAUAAAAUGCAGUAAGUCCCUUGUGCUAA